CUCAUCUGCUCGAAGAUGAACCCACUGUGGACCCUCCUCUUUGUGCUCUCAGCCCCCAGAGGGGUCCUGUCCCAGGUGCAGCUGAAGGAGUCGGGCCCCAGCCUGGUGAAGCCCUCACAGACCCUCUCCCUCACCUGCAUGGCCUCUGGAUUCUCAUUGACCAGCUAUGCUGUAGGCUGGGUCCGCCAGGCUCCAGGGAAGGCGCUGGAGUGGGUUGGUGGUUUAGAUAAUGAUGGAGACACAUGCUAUAACCCAGCCCUGAAAUCCCGGCUCAGUAUCACCAAGGACAACUCCAAGAGCCAAGUCUCUCUGUCACUGAGCAGCGUGACAACUGAGGACACGGCCGUGUACUACUGUGCGAAGGACACAGUGAGGGGAAGUCAGUGUGAGCCCAGACAAAAACCUCCCUGCAUUGGGGCCCGUGACCACCAGGGGGCGCUCAGGACUCAGUACAGAGCUGAGCCCUGGAGCAGGGAACUCAGUAAAACACUUGCUGCUCCUACUGCUAAGUCACUUCAGUCGUGUCCGACUCUGUGUGACCCCAUAGACGCCAGCCGAAUAGAGCUCCUCAAUGCACAUUCCUCCUCAAGCUCCAAGGAAAAACCCACCCCUGGGCUAUGGGAGCUCACCACUCUCUGCUUACACAGGAUGGAGGUCUCACUGAAGGUGCAGGAGUCGGGCCCAGAACUGGUGAAGCCCUCGCAGAUCGUCUCCCUCACAUGUGCUGUCUCUGGUUGCUCCGUCACGUGGUUAUGGGGCACGUCUAAGAACCAGUCCUCCCUGCAGCUGAGCUCUGUGACCACUGUGGACACAGCUGUGUAUUACUGUGCAAGAGACACAAAGUGCAGGAGUGAGGACACAGCUGCAGGGCCACAGGGAGGUGGGGGAGCAGAGCCCUAA